AUGAGGAUAAAAGGAUUUUUCUUAUUGGUCAAAAAACAUUUAGAAUCAUAUCAACUGGAAAACACUGAAGUUGUAGUAGAUGGUCAAAAUAUAUAUUAUCAAUUGUACGAGAAAUCAGGACUUCCCUUUGUUUUGGGAUCUGAAUGCGAUAAAUUUGCUAAUUAUGUUAGAGAUUAUUUAAGCGUAUUUAAAGAAUCUAAUCUUAAAUGUCAUUUCAUAGUUAAAGGUGGCCAUGGCAGUGAAAAACACCUUAAUAAUCACUUUAAGUUGAUGAAUAGACUACAUGGAAAACAAUAUGUUUUAGGUGAAAAUUAUGGCAACGCGAUCAUCCAGCCCUGUCUGGCAAAGGAUGUUUAUUUGCAGGUUUUAGAAGAAAUGGGGUUUGACUACACAAUUUCUCAUGCGACUGAUGUCAUUAAAGAUUGUUUUGACUUAGCCCAAAGACUAUCCUGUCCUGUAAUAAGUUUUAAUAUACAAUAUUGUUUUAGUUCAGCGCCAUACGUGCCACUUAAACAAGGUACUGCGUUGAAAUUUGAGCAAGGCAUAUUUAAACGACAAAAUUUUUUACAACAUUACAGGAUUUCAAAAGAAAAGAUGAUACUGUUCAUAUUGUUAACAGAUUCCCAUAUAUUUAAGGAAGAUUAUUUCCUUCACUUUUUCAAAGCACGUAAAAUACCAUAUGCAUAUGUAGGACGGUAUAAAGGUUUACUCAUGUGGUUGUCGUAUAGAAGUGAAGCAGCAGCUUUACAGGAAGUUUUUAAAUACAUUUCAGAAUCAGACAGAAAAACAUUUCUGGAUAAUAAAAAUGAAUUAGAAAUAAAAUUUCUGAAAUGUACAAAUGAAGAAAGUUUAACUUUAUUGUAUUUCACAAACAGAAAUAGUUUAAAGUUCGAUAUUCAAGAUCCGCAUUGGUUUGAGAAAGGUAUUGCUUUAAAGUAUAUUGCUAUACCUUACGUAAACUUAUACUUCUGGGGCCUUAUUGUUGCUUCUCGUUUAGUUGAAGAUUACGAUCAGGAAAACUCCAUUUUGCUUUCAAAAGAUGUCAUAAAAUAUGCUUAUGAUUUGCUUCAUAAUUUUAAUGGUAAAAACAUUUACAUUAAAUACAGAGAGGAUAAUGAGAGCGAAGAAUUAUCAGUCAUUUAUACUCAAUCUGUGCGCAAACCAGAUUACGUUGCUCAGAGAAGUGUUUUCGAAAACGGUUGGGAAAAUAUCGACUCGCGUGGGCUUUUUGAACAUUUCUUCUUAGAAACUUAUCGAUCAUUUAAUUUUGCCGCUUUAGAAUCGGCUCCGGUGGAUGUGAGGUUGUUGUUGAUUACAUUGGUUUACUUCAAACGAAAUAAAGAAGAUGAUGUGAGUUGUGAAAUUUACAGUAUAAUACUAUCUUAUAUCCUACUUGGGGUCGUCUCUGAGAAAUUGAGUCGUAAGCUUAGUGAUUCCUCAGAUAACAUCGACAUUAUCAGCCGUCCGCUCUUAGUCUCAACCACUCGGAAAGAUCUAGUGAUCACCCAGGACUGUAUAGCUGCUAAGAGGACCCUUGAGAAAUAUUGCAGCGUUAGCAAUGAUGAAUUAAUUGAUAUAUUUAAUCGGACAAAAAUACACCCUCUGUUUCAAUUUAAAUGGUGCUUGCUAGAAAUAAACAAUUUGAAUAGACUAUGUGGCUCUCCGUACACUUCCACCGUAUACAGUAAAACUUAUAAUGGCACAUUUGUGUACAAGAUUCUUUGUAAAAUAAAAGGGGAAAACGCCAUGCAAACAAUCACAGACUUGCUCAGUCCUGCCCCGAGUGUGCUGGCGUUCACGUUAGGAAUUAUUGAAAUGUAUGAAAAGUUACUUUACGAAUAU